CCUCUGGCCACCCGAGGGCCCGGUGGGGCUGUGCUUUGUGCUGCCCAGAGGCCAGGACCAACCACCAGGUUGCCAGCGGGUGGUGGAGUGGGCCUCGGGGUGAGGUCAGGGGCCAUGGCUCUGAGCAGUGGACAGUGUUGCCAGAGAGGAGAGGACAGGCCAGGGUCUGCCCACCCCAGGGGACACCUGGCUCUCACCUCUGGGUGUCCCCUCUGCCUCCUAUCCACCCUCCCACCCCCGGAACCCCACCCUCCCACCCCCGGAACCCCACCUGGUGGGCAGGCCUGGGCCUGGAACCCACUGCCCCAGUAACCAGGGGCGUAGAACCCCGCAGGACUCUGAGCCUGCUCUCCGGUGGGCACCUCCACUCCCACCUGCCAGGCCCUGCCUGCCCAUGCAGCACCCCAAGCCCUUCUACCCCACCGCAGCCCCCCAGGAAGGCUUCAGCCCCAGGGGCCUGGAGAGCGCCGAGGGGCUGGGCAGCCAGCCAGCGCCCGCCUGCCCUGAGCCUGCUGCUGCCGUGGGUACGCCUGGCGGGGUGGGGGCGGCCUCGUGGAGGUGGUGCCCAGGGCGCCUCCGCAGCUCAGGCCCCACCCACCGGGCCCCUUUGUCCACAGCCUCGAACCUCCUGUAUCAGCCCCUAAGCUCGGAGAAAGAGGCGUUUCCCGCCCCUCCAGCAGGCUUCCAGAUGGCGCCGUGCGGCUGCUUCUUUGACCCCCGCAUCUACCGAAUCGAGUGGGCCACCACCGACUUUGGCCAGUCGUCCCUGUACAAGCUGGCCGUGGCUGGGGGCCCCGCCUCGCCAGGCAGCUACCUCCUGGAGCCCCAGCACUACCUCAAGGGCCCCGGGCCAGCCCCGCCACCGUAUCCCCACUACCAGCCGGCGCCCGGGGGACCCCAGUACCUCAUGCCCUACUUCCCCCCAGAGGGACCUGGGCCCGAGGCCCUGGGCUUGGUGGGCGAUGGGGGGCCCCCCGCCUUUGUGGACCUGCCCCCGCCGCUGCGCCAGGAGAGCCUGGCGCCCCCCAAGGAGAGCAGGCUGCCCCUGCUGCUCGUCACGCUGUCCACCGAGGCCACCCUGCCCCCCAGCACCUACGGCCCCCUCAAGGGCCACCUCAGCCAAGUCCACGGGUCUGAGGGGGCCGCACGGCCCAGCGAGCCCCUGGCUCUCCCCACCAAGGAGCCGCAGGGUGGCAGUGGGGCCGUGCCCAGCCUGCCGCACGCCACAGGUCCCGGGGAGGCCAAGGCCCCGGAGGCCGCGCGGGCCUUUGUGCUGCCCGACAAGGUGCUGCUGGAGGACGCCAUGAAGCUCUUCGACUGCCUGCCCACCGGCGCGGAGCCCGAGGCCACCCCGCGCAAGGUGCCCAGGACCGCCCUGCCCGACUGCGGGGGCGGCGGCGGCGACUCCUCCAGUGACAUCCGCUCCCUGCACCUGCCCGACGAGCUGCUGUCCUUCGACUACAGCGUGCCCGAGAUCCUGGACACCGUGUCCAACGUGGACUGCUUUUUCAACUUCAAGGCGCUUGACGAGGCCCCGCCGCUCCGCCUGGGGCCCCCUGCUGCUGACCCUGCGGCCCCUGUCCUGAGGUCUGACCCCCCGGGGAAGAAGAAGGCUGCCUCUGCCGUCAGGAAGAGGAAGCUGGGUGGCAAGGGCAGGCAGGUGGCAGCCCCCGUGGGGCCACGGCAGGACCUGGGAGUCUCCCCCCAUUAAAAGUUUUGAUCUCUCA